CACUCUUUCACAAUCACCAUAACCAACCAACGAUGGAUGACGACGGCGUGGGAACCCUACGCACCCGCUCCAAGGUAGCCCCAGACUGGACCGUAGAAGAAUCACUAAUUCUAGUCAACGAGGUCUCCGCCGUUGAAUCCGACUGCGGCGACACUCUCGCGUCCUUCCAGAAAUGGAAAAUCAUCGUCGAAAACUGCAACGCCUUGGGCGUCAACCGCAACCUCAACCAGUGCCGGAGAAAGUGGGACACCUUACUCUCCGAUUACAAGAAAAUCAAACAGUCAGCUUCAAAGAAAGCGACCUUCAAUUCCGAAUUGUUCAAUGUCAUUGAACGCUAUGUUGGGGAUUACGAAGGUGGAUGUGGUACGGAUCCGGAUUCUGAAUCGGAGCCUGUGCUUGCUUCUUUUUUGCAAUCUGUAACAUCAGAUUCAAAGAAGCAAAGAUCAAAGAUGAUACCUCAGAAACGCAGCAUAGAAGACACCCGGAAGCGAAAAAUAGACGUUAAAACUGAAGAAGUUAAAGUUGGGGAAUGCAGUUCAGAACCAAAAAACAACAUUUCAAAUGAAAUCGCAAGGCCUGAAAUCAGUGAAGAAGAGCAAGAAGAGAUGAUGGCUGAGAAACUUAGAGAAAAUGCAGAACUAAUUGAAGCGAUUGUGAAAGAGGAUUCAGUUAAUGGUGGGUCUAGUGACGAAUUAACUAGACUUAAUGGUGAUAAGCUUAUCGUCUGUCUCGGCAAUCUUGUAGUAGCUCUUGAUCAGCUUUCUAAAUUUGUUCAAUGAUCUUGAGUAAUGAUCUUUUUUUGUGUUGGAAGUGAAUUAUGACAUCUACUUAUGUUACUUUAGGAUUUCAGGUUGUACAACCAUAUUGAGCAAUAUAAAGGUUGCAACUUUAGGCCAAGAAAUUGGAUUUAUAAUUUAUUACAUAGAUGUGUUUAUACUCA